AUGUCUGGAAGAGGAAAAGGCGGUAAAGGUCUUGGCAAAGGAGGUGCCAAGCGUCAUCGCAAGGUUCUGCGUGAUAACAUCCAGGGAAUCACCAAACCCGCCAUUCGUCGUCUCGCUCGUCGUGGUGGAGUCAAGCGUAUCUCCGGUCUGAUCUAUGAGGAGACUCGCGGUGUGCUGAAGGUGUUUUUGGAGAACGUUAUUCGUGACGCCGUCACCUACACUGAACACGCCAAGAGAAAGACCGUCACCGCCAUGGAUGUCGUCUAUGCUCUGAAGCGUCAGGGUCGCACUCUGUACGGUUUCGGAGGUUAAGUGAUUAAAUCACGCAAACCCAAACGGCUCUUUUAAGAGCCACCCACAUUAUCACAUGAAGAGUCGAUACUUGCUCGGGGUUUUUGUUUUGGUUUAAAUGGUCUUUUAUAAAUAUACCGUGUUUAAAAGUUAGCAACAUGUAUGGAGUAUUUGAAUUUUUCAUCUUACACAGACAUGUUAUGGCGCUGCGUUGUUUUGGCCGUCCUUUUAAUAUGAAGGUACUUCUCCAAAA